GUUCAAGUAGUCCUCGCUGCAGACUGUAGCGGCAAGAGAGGGCGCCCAAUACGACGCCUUUUUCUGCCUUUCGGUCUUUUAAACUUAACCAAAAUGGAUUUUGGGGAAUUAUUUGACGAGCGAACGUUCACCUUUUCUGACUUUCAAGAGUUUACGUUUUUGCCUGGGCAUGAGCAAUGGUCAGAGAGGGUGAGGAAACGUCUGUAUUAUGGUCUUGACACGGAAAGUCCAUUAGAUGCUCUAUCAUGUCCCAUGACAGAUAUUGCUGUGGAACUGCUCCAGAAAUCAGCCCCAAGUCCUAUAAGAAAACUCCAAAAGAAAUAUGCUGCACAUGUGGCUAGGGAAGCAUGUAUUUCUCCCUGUGCAAUGAUGUUGGCCUUAAUAUACAUUGAAAGACUGCGACACAGAAACCCGGAAUACCUGCAACAGAUCUCCUCCUCUGACCUCUUUUUGAUAUCCAUGAUGGUUGCCAGUAAAUAUUUGUAUGAUGAAGGCGAGGAAGAGGAGGUUUUCAAUGAUGAAUGGGGAACUGCUGCAAAGUUAGAUGUUCAGACUGUCAAUUCACUGGAGAUGAACUUCCUGAAUGCGAUCGAUUGGAACCUUUUCGUUGAACCCCAAGACUUCUUUAAAGUUCUCAGUCAGGUGGAAAGCAGCAUUGCGCAUCGGCAGGGUAUACGGCGAGGAUGGUUUACCUACACAGAUCUCUGUGUUUUGCUUGAGCAGUCCAUUUGGAAGGAAGCCCUAACAGCCAUUUAUCUGCACUUUACAAAGGUUACCUGUAUGUUGGGUCUCCUUUACCUGACUAGCGUAGCUGGUCUCAUCGCGUCUUCCACUGUCAUCCACCUCCUCUGUCGUGUCCCCAUCGCCAACCGCACUUACUACGGCCCAUCGGAGCACAAAUCCACCGGGGCACCAGCACUUCUCCCCAGUCUCGUACCGGACUCUCCAAACCCGACCUCAGACCUCCCCUGCUGCGCACUGAACAACAACACCUUAAAUCCUUCUUUUAACUUAGAAACUGAACGACCGGGCUUCCCAUCCUCGAAUCAAAAUACCGUGAUCUGUCUGUGGAGUUCACUUUUAUCUGCACUGGCCUAUCCAAACCCCUCAUCGGACAUCAUGCUGCGAGAUUCUGAAGGGUUUUGGCAUGGUUUCUUUCCCCAUCGAUGUAGUGGGCGCAAUAGCACGACUACUGAUUCCUCUUCGUGGUACACCCGCCUUACAGCACCUUGGCUUGAGUUUGCUCCUACUAGCGAUGACCCAGUGUUUCCAGACCACCACAUCAGCUCUAUGUCCCAAUUCCAGAGACGUCCAUGCUGCCCAGAAACCGCUUUGCCAUUCGGGAAAUCACCAUCUCUCAUCAUGCCCGGCUAAAAAAGGUUUUUUUGUAGCAAAAUAAAACCAGCUAAGUUUACAUGCACAGGCUCAUGCUAAUGGUUUUUGGGUGGACCAACCAUACAGGUUGGUUAAAAUCGGGUUUUGAUUGGAUAAGUAUGUCGGGAAGAAGGAGAUAUAUAAUACGAAAUGUUGGGUUGAUUUUUGAUGUAUGGUGCAGUACUAAUGCAGUACAAAUGAAUAUGAUUUAAUUUUUUUUUUUUUUUUGAUGGGUUAGUUAUGAUAUUGGUUUUUGGUUACAUGAAACUUUCCAAAAUAUUUGGGUAAAGGUGGUUUUUUGACUUGUUGUUAACAGGGACCCUGCUCAAGGAGGUAAUAAGCCCGUAUUAGUUUUUUUCAAAUUGUUUGCACAAUAUACAACAGACCUGCACAUGAAGAUUGUAUUGUUAUGAAAUGUAUUCCUGUGAAAGCAUUUAUUUUCAAGUUUGAUGAAUAUAGCUUACAUCAAUGGCUAGUUUUGCUUUUGUUUAAAAGGAAUUGUCACAUAUAUAUAAUUUAAUUUUUAGCAUGUGAAGGCUGAAAUGCUUAAAAUUUCUAUAAGGUUUUUGCAUCAAGUUUCACACGCUGAAGGUUGACGCCAUAACUCAUACCAAAAAAAAGCUUUUGUCAUAGGAGGCGAUACUCAACUUUUUGUUUUGCAGUUUAAAGAGUUUUGUAGUAACAAUCGCCAAACGGGCUAAUUUAUAAACUGAUACUGGUUUUGCUUGACAAACUUUACUAUGUUACAGAGUUCAGUUUUUGCUUGGUUUAAUGCUACUUAUAUAUUCAUAUUCAUUACGCAAGAUAUGUUUUUUUUUAAGAGUUGGAUACAAAGCACACCCUUUAAAUGAUUUACUAUGUUCUGGAGUACAUAUCCCUGUUAUUUUUUGAUGGCUCCUAUUGUCCAUCAGCCGAUCCCAGUUUUGUACAUUUUGUAUAGAGUUAAUAACAAUGUAUAGCUGCAAAAGUAAAAUAAAAUAAUAAAUAACAUCUAACCUCCAAAAACAUG